UGCAGUAACUAACCAGUCCCUCCACUGUGUGUUACAGCAACUGAAACACCCCAACCUGGUGAACCUGCUGGAAGUGUUCAGGAGGAAGCGGAAGCUGCAUCUGGUGUUCGAAUACUGCGACAACACAGUUCUCCAUGAGCUGGACAAGCACCCCCGGGGGGUGCCGGAGCAUCUAGUGAAGAGCAUAACCUGGCAGACCCUCCAAGCUGUGAACUUCUGCCAUAAACACAAUUGCAUCCACCGAGAUGUAAAGCCAGAAAACAUCCUGAUAACAAAGCACUUGGUCAUCAAACUUUGUGACUUUGGAUUUGCUCGCAUACUGACUGGUCCGAGUGAUUAUUACACAGACUAUGUGGCUACCAGGUGGUACCGCUCUCCAGAGUUACUUGUGGGAGACACCCAGUACGGCCCCCCCGUGGACGUGUGGGCGAUAGGCUGUGUCUUUGCAGAGCUGCUAUCCGGGGUCCCCCUGUGGCCUGGCAAGUCUGACGUCGACCAGCUGUACCUCAUCCGGAGAACCCUGGGGGAUCUUAUUCCCAGGCACCAGCAAGUGUUCAGCACCAACCAGUUCUUCAGCGGGGUAAGAAUUCCAGACCCAGAAAGCAUGGAGCCGUUAGAAAUGAAAUUCCCUAAUAUUUCAUACUCUGCUUUAGCUCUCAUGAAGGGUUGCCUUCGUAUGGACCCUGCAGAGAGGCAGACAUGUGAGCAGCUGUUGCAGCAUCCCUAUUUUGACAGCAUUAGGGAGGCGGCGGAUCUGGGGAAAGAACAUGAAAAAACAGCUCGGAAACCAGCCAGGCUGACUCGGAAGCACAUGCCAGGGUUACAGUGCCUGCCUCAGUUAACCAGUAGUAAUGUUCUGCCAGCUUUGGACAGCAAGAAGUACUGCUGCAAAAUGAGGAAAUCAGACUAUCAUUUCCCUAACAUCUAACCGGAUGGCGGAUUAAAAACUAUUUAUUGUUCAAAGUUCAAGUCAUGCAGAAUUUAUAAACGGAGGAUAAGUGGUGGAAAACUAAAUUAAUACAUGUUACGACAUACACAAAAGCAGUCUGUAAAGUACUGUACUCUGGGUCACUAAUGGAAGGAAA